AUGGCCUCCAAGGUCUUACAGAACAACACCAACAGCAACUGGCUGAAGGAUCCAGGAUUGCGAAAGCUCAAUCUGGGGAUCAGCUUUAUGCUAUCAGCAUCGGCUACUGCCGGAUAUUGUGCUAGCAUGAUCAAUGGUCUGCUCGUGCUGCCCGAAUUUAACGACUUUUUAUCCGGUCUCGACACAAAUGUCAGAGGUCUCAUUAUUGCAGCUGUCUCUCUUGGUUCUUUUUUGGCAUUUAUCCCCGCAUCCUACAUUGCCGACAAUCUGGGGCGGAAGAUCUGCGUCCUCAUCGGAUCAUCGCUAGUGAUCAUUGCAUCUAUCGUCCAAAUCGCGACUUCAAACCAUUGGGUUUUCUUUAGCGCACGCGUUCUGGCUGGGAUGGGAGUCGGUGUCUCACAAACUGCUGCGCCAUUGCUUAUUACCGAAUCGACGCACCCACGCCAGCGACAAGCAUUUACGGGGUUAUACAACGCACUUUGGUUUAUUGGAUCGAUCACGUCCGCCACCAUUGGCUUUGCUGGACUUUCGAUAAUAGGAAAUUGGUCAUGGAAGCUUCCUUGCUUGACACAAGUGUUCUAUCCAGCCCUUCAGCUGAUAGGUCUGUGUUUGGUUCCCGAGAGUCCAAGAUGGCUGGUGUCUCGAGGCAGAAAGGAAGAGGGAAUGGCCAUUCUCGCCAAAUAUCACUCGAACGGAGACGAAAAUGACGAGAUGGUUCAAGAUGAAUUCUACAACAUCUGUCAAAGCAUUCAAGCCGAAUCAGCCUCCAAAUCAAAGGGUUGGGCUGCAUUUUGGGAAAGCUCAAGCAACAUGCAUCGUUUGGCGAUUUGUGUUAUGUUGGGAUUCAUGCAAGAGUGGUCUGGAAAUGGUGUGGUCUCCUAUUAUCUAGCACCCAUUUUGAACUCAGUGGGCAUCUAUCGCGCAGCUUACCAAGCCGCUAUCAACAUCAGUCUGCAGGUGUGGAACCUUAUGUUCGCCGUCUGUGGAGCAAUGGCUGCAGACCGGUUUGGGCGACGAAGGCUUUGGCUGAUCGCGACAACUUUGAUGUUUGUCUACCUUGCCGUUGCGACGGUCAUGUCUGGUCUCUUCACGGAGAUGAAAAUCCUGGAGGCUGGCAUUGCGGUGGUACCAAUGUUAUUCCUCUUCUGCGCUGCUUUCGACAUGGCAUAUAUGCCAUUGUUCAUUGCAUACCCAGCGGAAAUUUUGCCCUUCCAAAUCCGUGCGAAGGGUCUCGCCGUGACACUGACCACUGAUUCUAUGGCGUGUUUCUUCAACCAAUACGUGAAUCCAGUGGCAUUUGCGGCAAUCCAGUGGAGAUACUUCAUCGUCUACCUGGCCUGUCUUAUCAUCUUCCUGGUGACAAUCUACUUCCUCUUCCCCGAGACUAAGGGUUUAUCUCUGGAACAAGUCGGACGAAUCUUCGAGAAGGAUAAGACCUACCAGACGGAGACACCCACUUCGGAGAUUUCGCAAGAGCUACUUGUAUACCCAAAGAAGAGCAGCACUUCUUCAUGA